AUGCCGGCGACCGUCAUCGUCGCCAAGUGCGCCGCCGAGGUCCCCGUGGAGGCCGUCGGCGGCAAGCCCACGACGGUCUACUGGGACAUCUGCGGCCUCGGCCAGUGCCCGCGCUACGCGCUCGAGCUCGCGGGCGUCGACUACGUCGACGUGCGCGUCGACGCCGGCGACGCGUCGGCGCCCGACUACAAGGCCAUCUGGCUCCAGCAGGCCAAGCCCGGCACGACGGCCGCGGGCCUGCACUUUUCGAACCUGCCCUACUACCUCGACGCGGACGCGACGGACCUCGACAACGCGAUCACGGGGCCCUGCUACCGCGACUUCGCGGCGCUGAAGCCCUUCUUCCUCGACGUCCUGCCGGAAAAGCUCGACGCGUGGGCCGCGCGCCUCGGCGGCGGCCCCUACGUGACGGGCGCGUCGCUCUCCAUCGGCGACCUGAAGAUCUACGAGACGCUCCGCAAGCUCGCGCUCAUCGAGAAGGCCCAGGGCACGGCCGUGCUCGCGCGCUACGCGUCCCUCGCGGCCUUCGUCGCCCGCGUCGACGUCGACCUGGGCACCUACCGCGCGUCGCCGGCCUUCCUCGAGCGGCCGCUGAACAACCCCCACGCGCAGUUUCGCUAA